GCGGCGCUAAAUCCUGCGAUCCCAAGGAAGCUGGCCUGGGGCCACGGUGGAAAGAGCUCUGAACACUGAAUCCGAGGACCCGAGGACAAACCGGAAAGAGGGCUGAACGGGAAGGACCCGGGUUUGAAUCCUGACUCUGCCAUUUAACUAGCUGGGUUUUUAAACAGUAUUCCCUGAAGGCAAGAAAGACAAGAUGAUCCUGGAAAUGCUCAACCCAAUGCAUUACAACCUCACCGGCAUGGUACCUGAGGCAAUGCCAGCUGCUACUAUGCCCAUCCUCCUUCUCAGCUGCUUUCUCCUCAUGGUUUGGAGUUAUGAAGACACUUCCUUAAUACCAGGUCCUGGUUACUGCAUGGGAAUUGGGCCCCUCCUUUCACAUGGCAGAUUUCUAUGGAUGGGAAUAGGCAGUGCCUGUAACUAUUAUAAUAAGAUGUAUGGUGAAUUUACGAGAGUAUGGAUCGGUGGAGAGGAGACACUCAUUAUAAGCAAGUCUUCAAGUAUGUUCCAUAUAAUGAAACAUAGUCACUAUAUUUCUAGAUUUGGAAGCAAACUUGGGUUACAGUGUAUUGGAAUGCAUGAAAAUGGUGUCAUAUUUAAUAACAACCCAGCUCUCUGGAAAGUUAUUCGACCUUUCUUUACCAAAGCUUUGUCUGGGCCAGGCCUUGUGCGCAUGGUGGCUGUUUGUGUUAACUCAACUGUAAUUCAUCUGGACAAACUGGAGGAUGUCACCAAUGAAUUGGGUUAUGUCAAUGUGCUGAACCUCAUGAGACGCGUGAUGUUGGAUACCUCCAAUGCCCUCUUCUUGGGGAUCCCUCUGGAUGAAAAUGCCAUUGUGGUCAAAAUACAGAGCUAUUUUGAUGCUUGGCAGGCUCUCCUUCUCAAACCAGACAUCUUCUUUAAAAUAUCUUGGCUAUACAAGAAGUAUGAAAAGUCUGUCAAGGAUUUGAAGGAUGCCCUAGAAAUUUUAAUAGAGGAAAAAAGACACAGGCUUUCUACAGAUGAUAAACUGGAAGACUGUAUGGAUUUUGCUUCACAAUUGAUUUUUGCCCAGGGUCGUGGAGACUUGACAGGUGAGAAUGUGAACCAGUGCAUCCUGGAAAUGUUGAUUGCUGCCCCCGACACUCUCUCUGUCACUGUGUACUUCAUGUUACUGUUGAUUGCAGAGCACCCAAAGGUCGAAGAAGCAGUAAUGAAUGAAAUCCAGACUGUUAUUGGUGAGAGAGACAUUGAGAUUGAUGAUGUGCAGAAAUUAAAAGUGGUUGAAAGUUUCAUUUAUGAGAGCUUGAGAUACCAACCUGUUGUGGACUUGGUCAUGCGCAAGGCUUUGCGAGAUGAUGUGAUUGACGGUUAUCCAGUGAAAAGGGGAACUAACAUUAUCCUGAAUAUUGGAAGGAUGCAUAGACUUGAGUUUUUCCCCAAACCGAAUGAGUUUACUCUUGAAAACUUUGCAAAUAAUGUUCCUCAUCGUUAUUUUCAACCAUUUGGUUUUGGCCCUCGUGGCUGUGCUGGAAAAUACAUUGCCAUGGUAAUGAUGAAAGCCAUCCUUGUUACACUGCUGAGGAGGUUCCACGUGAAGACAUUGACAGGAUGUUGUCUUGAACGCAUUCAGAAAAAAAAUGACUUGUCUUUGCAUCCAGAUGAGACUAGGGACUUUCUGGAAAUGAUUUUUAUACCAAGGAAUACAGAAAAAUGCCGAGAAUAGUAAAGAUGAUUAUUCAGCAUCUUCUUGAAAGCAUUUCUCAUCUGUAGUUCAUCUGACAAACAUCCACCCUUUCCAGGUAGUAUCAUUCUUAUGAUGAAUAUCUAGCUGCCUAUGAUGUUUUGCAGGCCCAGGAUUUACAGGUUGUCAGAAAACUGGAAUUCUGUCAUCUUCAAAUCAGGAUAACAGACUAUGGGAAAAAGACAUUUUUUGUUUGGGGUGAAAACUGUUAACAUAGAAAAACUGUAGCCUUUUUUUAAGAACCCCAUUACACAGAUGUACUUUGGGAAGGAUAGACUCCCAGGAAAUCCCAAUUCUAAAUUGUUAUGGGAUUUCUCAUGACCUAUCUUUAAGAGCAUUUGAAUGGCUAUUGCAGAUAUUAUUUAAGACUAUAUGUACCCAAGCACAAUGAAUUGGAGAACUCAAGCAACUAUCUAGGUGAUUUGGGCAAAAGAAAUCUGUUGUGGAUAAAAAGGGAUUUGGGCAUGAGUCAUCCACUUUUUCCUGCACAGAUUAAAUUUAACAGGCAAAUGCUUAAAAAUGCAGCAUUUGACUUUGUGUGUACACAACCACAAAGUGUACACAGUUAACUCUUGAUUAUCCAUUGUAGAAGGUCAAUCAACUACAGGGGGAAAAAAUCACACAUUACAUUCUAAAGUUGAAUAUGAAGACUUUUAAAAUUAUCUAAAUCUUAUGACACUAGUAGUAUGGAUGAUGGAGAGUUGACUAUGAAAUAUUAAAAUUGUAAGUAUAUUGAAAUCACUUAAUAUAUGUCUACACACUCACUUCUUGAGGUUGGAGGGGAGACAGAGAGAAAUGAAUUCUAGUUCUUCUAUGCCCUGACCCUUGAGCUGAUACAAACCAUUCCAGAAUCUCCCUCCCAUCCUCCUCAUCUACUAUCAUUUGUCCUCCCUUUCCUCAUGCUUUCUUCCAAGCUUCUUCAUCUUUUCUCUCAAUACCCCCCAAACCCAAGGCAGCAAAUGAAUGGAGAACAGAGUUAAAGUGGAAGCCAUUCCAGUCUUUUUUUUCCUACCUCAGGUCUUCUACACAUCAAAGAAUGAAGUAGGAAUUUGGCAGUUGCAUGGUUUAUUUCUCCACUGUAUAGCCACAAACAAGAUUUGUACUUAGAAUGUGUAGAAUGGUUGUCCACAGUAAUCAAACUGAGUAAUUGCUAAAGAUCCACUUGAAUUCCUACCCUGCAGACAUUGUGACUACAUCUAAAUAAUGCCAAACAUACAUGUAAAACUGAAAAUUUCACUGUUAUCUAGACAUUUGAAAAUAUUCAGCAUUAAAUAGACCAAUCAUACUAAUAUUUGACUGAAUUUUUCAGUUUUCAUCCUGAAGUUUGGUAUUGUUCAGUCCUAAUUUAUGUAAGAGAAAAGACUGUAAGCUCCUAGAGGGCAGGGACUACGUUCUGUAUUUUUCUUUUGUAUCCUUCAUGCAGCAUCUAGAACAGUGUGUGGAAAGUACUACACACAAUGAGUACUCAGUCAGCAUUACUGACUGAUGCCACAAGCCAAGUAGAAGUGCAGAGUUGAGGCAAUUAUCUAGAGAAUUCAGGGAAUGGGUACCAGCUACUUAAUGAAAAGAUGGUUUUAUUAACUUAAAUUGUUUAGAUUGUCUACAUGAUUCAGAUUCACUAGAUAAUUGCCCAACCAUUCACUUACUUAUGCCUUCAUAAACAUGGGUAUAUCUGAAGCCAGAGUAAUACAGUCACAGUUAUCUAAACAAUUCAGACCCUAAAAAGGAGCACUGGCAUUUUAGGUUUGCAUUAUUCAUUGUUUGUCAUGCUUAGAUUCACUUAGGGCUUACUGCCCUCAUCUUUUGGCUUCUCUUUAGAUCUGCACAGUGCAAGCUAGGCAGGCUUGGAGCCAGAUUACUACUGGUUUCCUGCCUGAUAGCAGAGUCUUAAAGGAUAGUCAUAUUAAAUCAGGUGGACCAGAUGUGUUGGUGCCCUAUAAUCUGGAAAGAGCUUAUGUUUACACAUCCAUUUUUAGUGGAAAGUUGAGACAAUUUAGUGGAUAAUGCAGCCAAAAAACCUACUGAGGAAAAAAGUAUGAAGUUGCUGUCUUAUCAAAACUGAUUCUCUGUCAAAAUCAAAUAAUCUAAAUAACUGUUCAGCUUUUUGCUAUACUUUUCCUGUUCAUACAGUUCUUGCAUAUUGUAUUGGCCUGGCCCAUGUAUUUGAAAUAGCAUUGAUUUUUCAAUAGACUGUUGAGAGUCAAAGGCUUGAAAAUUAAAUUUUCUCCAUAGAAUUUU